AAGCUAUUAAACCAAGAGUUCUAAAUGGAGAAGUUGAAAUCAUCCCUUCGUAAAUUUUACGGACGCCAUCAUGAGUUGGUUGACCGUUAUAGAAUAUCCGUUUCACAGAUGAUAUCGAAUCGGUUCCUUAUGUCGUAACUACUAUCCCGUUCCCUUUUCACAAAUUUGACCUACCGAAUUAGACUAUUUAACGGGUUUGUAAUAACAUUAGCAGCACGACGGGUGCCUCAUGUGGAGCAGGAUCUGCUUACCCUUCCGGAGCACCUAAGAUCACCCAAUGUUUUUGGUGGGGUUCGUGUUACUUCGACUUUAGUUUUCUAUCUUGUGUCUUGUGUGCUAUUAUUUGUCUGUUUGUCUUUUUCUUUUUAAGCCAUGGCGUUGUCAGUUUAUUUUCGAUCUAUAAGUUUGAAUGUCCCUCUGGUAUCUUUCGCCCUUCUGUUUCAAUUAACAACAAUAAUUCAAGGAUACAAAAGCAACUGCUACAACAAUAAAGCGAACAAGCAUGUCAAACCAAGCUGGCAGAAACAAGUAGAUACAGAAACCUAUUUUCUUCACCAGUUAAUAUGUUCAGCAAAGACAAGAUCAAUUUUUUGAAUUUUUCUCCGACGAGUCAAUAUGCAUGUACCAAAUGUAUCAAGUAUCGACGAAUUUUAAAUAUCAACGAAGUACAGGUUGGUGCCCAUAUUGCCUUUGAACGAAACAUGCAAUUCUAUCAUGCUAUCCUUUCUAACAUUACAAACGUUCAAGAUAGUGGUCGUGUGCAGAUGCACAUCAUCCAUGCAUCAUGUACAAACCAGUUGUCACUUGUAAAAAGUUUGUUUGGAAAAGAUUUCAAACAGCAUGAUACUGUAGUUCAGGAAGUUCUCCCAGAAUUAGAUGCCGCUUCAGUAGGUCUACACCUAGUGCAAUAUGGUCGUCCAACGUAUGAACAUGAAAAAAUAUUAAGAAGAGCUUUGGCUCUUGUGGAGAAAAACCGUGGACAAGUAGUACCGGUAGGGUCUCUUUCGUCACAGAAAAUUCGCCCAGAGGCACAGUUUCGUCAACAUGCUCCAAACAUCACAUCAGGACACUUUGCAAGUUGGUGCGCGACUGGGGAAAACUUUUCUUUUGACGUAAAAGAAAAACAGAAAAUGAUCAAAUAUACUAGAGAACAGAAUCAAAUAUCUAUGUCUUUAGAAAUGUUCAGUGACGAAGAUCCAGUACAAAAGAUUACAGAAAGACAUCAACAGCAGUUAAUAUGUGACUCUUGUUUUCUAAAGGAACUUACCUUGCAUAUGAACUCUUUAAAGUGUCCCGAAAAGACAUACCGCCUUAUCUCGACCAAUGCAUGGACUAAGGAAAAGAAGAUUCCGAAAGGAUUGUAUAGAGUAACAUAUACACCGACGAGUAAUGAAGUUGUUAUCAAUAUUAAGCAUUACAACUCUAAAUUCAAGAGACUUGCAUCAGAGUCCAUGAAUGAAACAUUCGUGUUUACACUCAUCCCGGACAGAAAUGUCACAUGACAGAAACGUAAAAUUGGGAUUCCUUUAUCCUUUUUUGGAAGAUUCCAGAGAGUGAUGACGAUACACAUGAUAGAUGACAAGAAGCGGCCAAACUGGCGAUUUCACUGUUUUAUAGUCUUAUAGAAAAUAUUUAUUGAUACAAACAAUAUAGAUAAUUUCAUAUUUUAUAAGCACCACUUUAUGAUUAAUUUAUAUAUAUCUGUCAUUAACAAAACUCUGAUGUUUAUCCUCUGUCUAUGCAUGGUAAGACAAAAGUCUUUGUAUG